GGCGGUGCCGAUACACUGAAAUUCAGUGGUAAUGAUAAUAUUGUAUUGAGCUUUAAGACCGCGUUUAUGUGGUUGUCACCGAUGUGUCAGACAAAUACUGGUGACUAUACGGUCACAUAAUUUACGAGGAUAUCGAAAUUACGCGUCGAAGUAGAAUUGUUAUGGUGUAUAAAAGUACCAAGAGAAAAUAAGACGAUGUUGGAGACAUAGUUGAAUAUAUUAUUGUCCGUGGCUGACCAGUACAGAUUAAAAUGGAGAGUAGACGGAUUGGUAAAUCUGAUGAACUAGAUAUUUAUAUAAAUGAAUUAAAAGACAUCGAAGAAAAUAAGCCAACAGAUGAAACUGAAAUAACUGAAGAAGACACUCCAAAGACGCCAGAUGAAGGCGAAGAAGAAGUGGCAUGGUUGAAAGAAGCUGGUUUUGAGUUAUUAGCAUCUAAAUUUGAAGAGGGUAAGGAACUUGAAGCUGAUGUUUUGCAUAGUGUGACAUCAUCAUUAACAAAGACACAGGCAGCAGCUGUACAAAAACGUGUCAACACACUGAAUGCAACAUUACGAAAAAGAUACAAAUCAUCCACUGUUCCAGAUGUGCGGGAUAUAUUUCCGUUACAGGGUGGUGUUGAAAACCAGACAGCUAUAGCUCGUAGAGAGUCUCGCAAUCACCGCAGGAGUCGCACAGUUCCAGAAUAUCUAGAUCGUCCUUUGAUCAAAACCAAAGAAGCUGCUGGUAUUGAUUCUGGUAUUGCAGAAAUUACAACAGUUGGAAUAAAGACAUUAAGUUUAACGCAUACAUUACCUGUUGAUGUGCCAAAUACAAGCCAAACUAUAGAACAUAAUGCAGAGCUGGAUACAAAUGAUAAAUCUGUAGAAGCCAGACUUAAUAUUACAAUAGUUCCUGAUAAGCUUGGUUUAACUUCACUUGAUUAUCUGGCACCAAAAGACGUUGAUAGAAUACGGUCGUUAGCAUUAAUAGAACUGACAGCCAUGUUUGACAGUUAUUUGUUAAGUUUACGUCCUCUUCGGAGAUCAGGGAAAAAGAAAUACAAAGAAACUGGUUUAUUCGGAGUACCUCUACAUAUAUUAUUAGAAAAUGAUAGAAGGCGGCAGAGUAAGGCCACCAUCCCCCUUAUAUUUCAACAAAUGAUGGCUUAUUUAAAAGUUAAAGGCAUUAAAGAUGAGGGAAUAUUAAGAAUACCAGGAUCUUCGACAAGAAUGAAGGUGUUACGUAAAGAAUUAGAGUCACAGUACAGCAGUGGUUGUAGUGUGUUUCAGUUUAAUAAUGCACGAAGUCACGAUGUAGCUGGAUUGUUAAAACAAUUUCUGCGUGAAUUACCCAUACCUUUGUUGACAUUGGAAUAUAUACAGGCAUUUGCUAUGGUUGAAAAUAUACCGAAUAGAAGACAGCAAAUUCAAGCAUUAAAUCUCCUCAUAUUGGUAUUACCUGAUAUAUAUAGACAUUCUCUGAGAGUAUUGUUGGAUUUCCUGACUCAAGUAACGGAGAACGAGCCUUUUAAUAAGAUGACAAUCAUAAACGUGGCUAUGAUAAUGGCUCCCAAUUUAUUUGCAGUGCAGGCACUUAGCAGUAAAUCUAUGUCCACGUUAGAAAUGCAGCUUGCUGCGGGAACCUCAAAUGUUGUCAGAAUGUUGAUAAACUACCGAAGGAUUCUGUGGAUGGUGCCAUCGCUUAUGGUAUUACAACUACGACAUUUAUAUAACAAUGAAAUUAAAAAUGGUAGCAGUAAAAAAUCUAAAGAUUCUAAGUAUAUGAACUUUUUUCACAGUAGUAGGAAAGGCAGGGAUGACAGCAUUAAAAAGAGUGAUUACAAGGAAGGGGUGAUUCGUGUUCAGGCUCCCCAAUUUACACAGAUUACCAUCAGCAUGCAGUUAACAGAUACCACGACGGCGGCUGAUGUUGUUGCCAAAUUCAAACGAAGCACUGUCAUUACAGAAACAGAAAG